AUGUCUAACAGACCAUUCGCACAGCUGCAAGCCGCUGCCAUCGAUGGCAGAACCAGAACUGUGUUCUACCGCCAGGCUCAACUUGAGAAACUACACAAGAAGCUCGUUGCAGAUGCAUCAGAGAUUGUGGAUGCGAUUGUUGCAGGUUCUGGACUCAGCCGAACAGAAGCACAAGUUGAAUUCUCGCUUGCUCUUACGACGGUUAGAGAGCGCUUUGCUGAGCUUGAGCCAAAGAAGGAGCUCGAGAACGAAUAUGCUGUUGCUCGUGGAGAGGAUGCUGCUAGUCUGAGACUUGGAUACGGCACCGUAUACAUCAAGGCUUCGUCAGACCACACUCCUUUCUACUCAGCUAUUGCACCUCUGAGUGCAGCAAUCGCUGCAGGAAAUUGCGUGGUCUUGCAGGUUGAGAACAGCCUUCGCAGCCUCCCCACCAUCCUCCGCAACACGCUUAAGUCUGCGUUGGACAACGACACAUUCGACAUUGCACAACAACCCGUACAAGAUGCAUCCUUCCUGAGCAACUGUCUGCAAGUCGUCCAGGACGGAUCUGUCGACGGUGCCCCUGCACUGAACCAGCUCGUCUCGAAAGCAGGCUCAGUCACAGCAGCAAUCGUAGACAGGACAGCAAACUUUGACGAGACUGCAAAGGCUCUCGUGAAUGCUCGCUUCUCCUACAAUGGCAAAUCGCCGUAUGCUCCAGACAUCAUCUUCGUCAACGAGUUCUCCAAGAAGGACUUUUUGCAGGCGCUGCUCAGACACUCUGUGUCCUUUGACGAAGUAGUGGAGAGAGAAAAGUCACCCACCCGCAGAGGUGGUCGCGAAAAUGGCAUCAGAGAUCUGAUCUCCAGUCUGCAAAAGGAUGGAAACGGACGUGUUAUUGCGCAAGAGUCGAACCGAGCGAUCCUAGAGUUGACCAAGAGAAGUACAAGCCUACUCAAGAACAAGAUCAGCGAGCCCGUUCUGCUCGUACAUGCCGUCAAGAGUCUCGACGAUGCCAUUGACUUCAUCAACAACGGCGACAGCAACGAACUACUGGCAGCAUACCACUUCGGCGAAAACGCCCAGUGCAAGUAUCUCAGCCAGUUCGUCGCAUCGCAAGUAUCCUACAUCAACCACAUCCCAGCAGAACUUCUCGUCGGUCCCGCCUUCCCAACCGGCCACCCCAUAACCUCCACCCGCUACCCAACCUCCCUCUUCACACGCCCAACCCCGGCCUUCGUCACCAACACCACAACCUCAAAAACCGUAGAGGCAGCCCUGAACGGCGCUUCAAAGUCAGAGAAAUCGACUGCGGUACAAACGCUGUAUCGUCAAGCUGUUGCCGAUCUGCCUUCAGCGCACAAGCGGCCAAAGCAGACUCGUGCAGCUUUCGGUUUCUUCGAGCAGAGUAUGCUGUUGAAUCUGGGCUUUGUGUUGUUGUCGACCGGAGCUACCAUUGCGGCGACUGUGAUCCUGGGAAAGCGGGCUAGGGCUUAUUACUCUCACUAA